AAUUAUAUGUGUAAUGAAUACAGCUGAUAGAUUUUACUUAAUGUAGUAAUUAUUCAUUAGAACUCAUUUCACAGCCUCAGUUUCACUUGUCAACAAAUAUGGCUACCUCAAGAGAUCUUCAACAUGAGAUCAAGGAGGCAGGUGAGAUGGUGGAGUAUUGGAAGAGCCAGCGAUUGUCGGACAACCAGCGGGGUUUGCUGGACGCUGUACGGAAGAGAAACCUGGAGAAGGUGAACAGACUGCUUGGGAAAGGAACCGAUCCUAACUUCAAAGAUGAUUCCAAUGCCUACCUGUUGCACAUUAUCACUGGGAUGCACCAGCAGCAAGGGGGUACAAAUGACAAAAGACAUUCUGUCAUCAGUUCUGUUUUUGGUGCUGAUAUGGAUGUGAGAGACCGGUUUGGUCGCUCUCCACUGCACAUCGCUUCUCGCAGCUACGCCGACUACGUCCAGACACUCCUGGCCAUCGGCUGUGAUGUCAACACUCAGGACAAUGCUGGUCGGACGGCGCUGAUGGAAGCCUGCAGCAGUGACAGCAUGGCAGCGCUGAAUAUUGUGCAGAUGUUGCUGGAUCACACCUGUAAUGCAUUACUCAAGGAUGAAGAUGGGUUUACAGCAUUACACUGCAUCUGUAAGAACUCCAAACAGGACAUCGUAGUGAGGAGAGAGAUAGUAUAUAAACUGCUGCUGGCCGGCACAUCAGCAAUACUCAAAGACAAGAGUGGCAAAAUGCCAUUGUGUUAUGAGCUGGACAAGUUCGUCAAUUGUUCACGGAGAAGGUUCAACGAUGUUGAAUUUGAGGUGGUGAGGACUCUCAUCCAAGCAGGUGCCAACUACACCCGAAGAAACAAGACACACGAACGAUGGGUGAAAUACGCCAUCAAUUUCUCACAACUGACUUUCCUGAAGCAACUCCUGGAGUUAAUGCAACCUGUUCUCAGUCUCGCCUCUCUUAAACAUUUGCGGAGAAUGUGUCCCCUGAUUGGGAACGACGACCAGGACAUCACCAAAGAUAUCCAGUUAUGGAUAACUAGCGUGUCAUCCUUGAAGUCUCAGUGUCGCAUUGUAAUCCGAAGUGAACUUAAGGGAGACGUCCUACUGAAGUCGGAGCUUCUUCCUCUUCCAACCUAUCUCAAGAAAUACUUGGUUUUAUCAAAUUGAUAAUUUUGUCCGUGUAAAGUUCAUAAUAUAUUUCCAGAGAUAUUGAGGAAAGUGGUUUGUUUGUUGUUGAACACUGCACUUCACAAUAUUCCAGGUGAGGUGAGGUGAGGAGAAGUGAAAUUGGGUUUCACGUCGUGCUUGAGAA